AUGUCCUAUCUAACCCAGGCUUCGGAAAUAGUAAUUGCUCAGGAAUUACCUCGCGGCCAUUUCCCAACCGGCGCCUACGUCAGCUCUAAUCGCAUCACGCCUGACUUUUUUAGUGAGGCAUCAGAAGGCCUUCGCGAGGCCCAAGUCAAGACUGGGAUGAGAUUCCUAUACUCACUAAUCCAUCGGAAGCUAGCCCAAGCCCUGAAUCAUGCAGACCCCAAGGACCUCGAUGACAUUGAAGGCGAACAAUUGCCUGGCCUAUCCCAACCUUCCACCUCGACAACUGCCUCCUUCAUUGACGAUCUAGCGAGUAGCCCUGGUUUGGACGAAAAUGCCGAGGACGCCACGGUGAUGUCGAUGGAGAAUCUGGUUUAUGUCAAGGGAACACUCGCAGAUCAAGUGUCACACAAGCUCGCAAAGACUGAUAACAAUCGCCUGCCUCCCAGGUACCCAUCAUGCAAUGCUCUACCAAUGGCGAAUGCUUUGAUGGGAUAUGCAGGAGGGAUAUCUUGCCAAAUCAACGAGUGGCUCAACUGCCAUGGCAUGACCACUUCGAGGAGUAGCACUUUGCAAGCAAUGGAACAUCUCCGAGUCUUACAAGAAGACCGGAUGAUGGAGCUGUUCAAAUUAAAUCACAAGCUCCUGCCCUUACUAAUCUAUGACAACAUUGACAUCCAUCUGAAGAUUCACAAUACUCGCAUCGAGGCGUCAUCAAGACUUUUCCACGGAACCUGGGGGUUCUUUAUCGUGGUGCGUAGUUGUUUACAGGCUAAGUGUAGUGAAGAAGUGGCUCGAUUAUCGACCUUCCUAGACGCGAUGGCUAGCGCCGACCGCAAAACGGUCCAGAUGUCCUCAUUUUGCCCUACUCCUGCGGAAGCGGACCACUGGGUUGCCGUCGUUAAAGCUCAACUGGCAAAAGCUCUUGCCGAACAUGUCGGUCAGAUUUCUGGGGCGCCAGAACACGCAAAUUUGCCAACGUUGGCCACACAACCGCCACCGCUGGACCCAAUCAAAAUGCAUCAGGCUAAUAUUCAUUUCCUGCGCAUGAUGGACGCACCCGAUUCUUCUGAUGAAGGGGUUUCGCGCGUAAUUGACGAGGUAAUCAAACAAAUUGGUUUGGAUAAGACGAAGUACGCGGAGAGCCUAUUAGUCGCUGGCGGAGAUGUUGGCUCAAAUCAGCUUUUGGAAAGUCUGCGUAUGAAAAGGUACCCACCCAUUGAUUCGGUAGAAGGCAUGGAAUGGGUCCUCUCCAUCUUCGGAGGGGCCCACACCACGUGGAACGUGACCGAAGCGCUGCUAACCCACCAUUGGGGUAAAUCGGACAAUGGCGACGAUUCGGGGGCGUGGCGGAGUUUGUUUGCUUUGGGAGGUGAGUACAAGAAACCGGUAGCGUCCCAGGACUUCAAUACUAUCAUGCGUUCAACCCGAUUGCUCCACAAAGCGAAUCUCGUCCAUAUCAUACGGUUAGUUCCAGUAGCGCCAAGUACCAAUGUAUCAGGCAAAUGA